GUGCUGUAGAAGUAUGGACAGUCUGGCGCAAACGACCACGAAACGCACGAAAUUCAAAAACGUAAACAACGCGUAUUAAUGACAUACGCAUUAUCACUACAGCUGCAGCUGAGGGCACGAUGGAGCUCGCCCUUGCAGAGGCGUAUGCUACAGACAAGCCUAAUCUAGCAGCCAUAGCUAGAAAGCGUUCCGCCUCGGCCAUCGAUGGUGAUGGAUUUCGCGUCGACACUCGCUGGACGCCAGCUCGGACAACACUGGGUCACGCGGUUUAUGGCGCGUCACAAGGCGGACUCUGCGACAAGCAACAAGACGUGGGAACCUCGAACUCCAAUCGUCGCUCGCGAGCCUCAGCAUCUUCAUAGCGCACGACCCGCGACAGGCUACGGGACCUUCUCCAAGGCUCACAAGAUUCGUUCCUUCGUGAAUCGGGUGUCUGCAGGAUGCUCGCCUGGCCAGCGAAAAGCUUUCAAAUACCUUGGCUACCAUUACACAAAGCUUUUAGCCAAUCACACGGCAAUGCUUGCCAGGAUUGAGCAGCUUGAGAAGGCUAAUAGCGAGAAGACACGAUCAAGGCAGAGGGCCUUGACCGUCAUCGAGCAAAUGGGAGCUGUUCAAAGUCAGCCCGGCGUGUUCAUGGACGACGAGACUGCCGAGCUGAGGCGGGAACUUUUAGAGCAGCGAGAGGAAGUCAAGCGACAGCAGCAGGCGAUCACGGCAGCCCGUAAGGAAGCAGUAGCUCAGAAAAAGGCUGACAAGGAACCUCAAAUCCAGCAGAGACGCGAGGCGCGUGCAGCAGCUAUUAUUGCUCGCAAUGCGGCGAGCGCUGCAAAGAAGGCCGCUAAGGCUGCCAAACAGGCGCAGAAAGAAGCUGAUUUGGAGUCUAAGCCAAGUCAAGCCGGCAAAAGGUUUGCAUUACGCACCAAAAACGGUGAUACAGCGGCUCGCUCUGUUGCAGCAACAACUGCAGUUGAGGUACCCCUCGCAGCGCUGACGACACGAUCUGGGCGUGUCAGUGUCCGACCUUCUCACAAAAGGACCUGAGGCAUUGUGCUUCCAACAGAUUUAACGAUAGACUAGCCUAGAGCAAAGUAUGAUUAUGAUUGAUGCCGUCUCAAAUCACCCGUACCAUUUUUUGCGCUCUGGAAGAACGUGCGUCACGUGGUCGUGUGCACAAGACCAUCCAUACUAAGUAGUCUAUUCGCAGUCCACCACAAGCGACCCAGGCUGCAACGUCUGUACAUUAUGGGCUUGGAUGUGAGCAGCUAGCCUGUCGUGUAUGUAUAGCGAAAGGUCAAGCUAGCUCGAUGAGAAACGGUGUGCAAGCGUCUUUGCAUUAGAAAUUAUUCGAAGCAUUCUCAGACUGCAGAUGUACAUGGCGUGGCAUUGCUAGUAUGCUACUCACCUGCGAUAGUUCGCGCGAUGCAAUGACAUGUAUAUUAAUGUCUAGGACUCCAUAGCUAGGUCAGCCCGCAGGCGGUCAAGUGACUGUCGACUUGGUGUUGA